CCGCCAUCUAGCGACAGUCACCUAAAUCAACUAGAAAUAUUUUUAUUAAUUAUUUAUUAUUAAAAAUCACUAUUAUCCAAUAUAAAAAUACUAAAUUAAUCAAUACAAGUUCAUUUUACUCAUUUCUUAUGCCAGCAAUCAGAAAUAUUGUUCAUUUUAUAUAAAAUUCUAAAAAAAAAAAAAUCGAUAAGUGAGGUUAUGUAGCUUAAGGAGCCCCAACAUAAAUAAAGUAAAUAAACCAAUAAAAAUGCUCCUAAGAAGCAGUUUCUUGUUUAAAAACUUAUUUAUCUUCAAUGGUUCAACUGCUAGAAGCCUAAAAAUAGAACACAAACUAGGCCACUAUGAACGUUUACUCAACAAACUAGACCUUAAAAUACAAAAAUCCCAUUCAAAAAACCGAUUUAUAUCUAAAACAGCUUCCAAUGAACCAAUCAGAGAAAAAAUCGAACAGGCAACUUCAGUCCUAAAAGUUAUAGCCCCCCAUAUGAAGCCUCCAAAUGUUGUCACCGCAUCUGCUAAUGAAGACGACAAAGAGUCUAAAGCCCCUGGAAAAGCCACGAUAACUUCAAAAAUCAAAGAGAAGCUUAUUGGGUCUAGUGAAGAACCUAAAAAAGUCCGCAAAAAAAUGGAUUUGACUGCUCAGUCUUUGGAGAGGAACUUUAUAACGCCUGUGAGGGCAAUGUCCGAUUUUUUGCUGAAACCUUCAGAUUUGGAAACGCUUCCUAAAACCAAAAGGCGGUCUCCGUAUGAGGCAGAGCCUCCUAUAACAGUCUAUUGGAGGCGAGACGUUCAGGCUAAAGCUUUGGAAAUUUGGGGCUCCAAAGAGAAUUUGCAAAAGGAGCUGAUCAAAAGGGACAUUGAAAAGAAGAAAUAUCAACAAAAUAUUUUUACUGUUAAAAGGCGUUUGAGGGAUUAUAGGAGAGAAUUGGGAAAAUCGGCUGAUGUUAUUGAGGAUGAGGCUGGUUUGAUGGGACGAUCUGGCAGGGUUGUGCUUACAGCAAUUGCAAUCAACGGCACCAACUGCCUCUUCAAACUAUUCGCUUGGCUCUACACAGGAUCCCACAGCAUGUUCUCCGAAUGCAUCCACUCAUUGGCCGACACCAUCAACCAACUAAUCCUGGCCUAUGGCAUCCACAAAUCAGUCCAGAUUGCCGACUCUUACCAUCCCUAUGGUUACACCAACAUGAAAUAUGUUGCUUCUCUUAUUUCGGGAGUUGGAAUUUUUUGUGUCGGAACUGGUUUGUCUUUUUAUCAUGGAAUUAGUGGGUUGAUGCAUCCCGAACCCAUGGAAGAUUUUUAUUGGGCCUAUUUUAUUUUGGCCGGGUCUUUAGUGUCAGAAGGUGCCACUUGGUUGGUUGCUUUCAAUUCAAUACGGAAGGGGGCAAGGGAGAUUAACAUGUCUGUUAAGGAUUACAUAUUCCGUGGUCAAGAUCCCAGCGUCAAUGUAGUCCUACUUGAAGACUUCGCAGCAGUUGUAGGCGUAAUUGUAGCCGCAGGCUGUAUGGGUCUUUCAUCAAUGACCAACAGCCCUAUUCCCGAUUCGAUGGGCUCGCUUUUGGUGGGCUGCAUUUUGGGCUCAGUAGCUUCGUUUAUCAUCUACACAAAUGUUGCUGCUUUGGUGGGCCGAUCGAUACCGGAAGAGAAUUUGGAAAGGAUCAAUGCUGAAUUGGAAAAGGACGUCAUGAUUAGGGCGAUUCACGACGUCAAAGGUAUCGAUAUGGGUAAUUAUUUGGUCAGGUAUAAAGCGGAGUUGGAUUUCGACGGGCGAGAAUUGACCAGGUCGUACUUGGACAAGCAGGAUUUGAAUGCACUGUUGGAGGAGAUUCGUAAGCUGGAAAAUAUUGAUCAGUUGGAGGUGUUUAUGUUGAAGCACGGGGAGAAUAUUGUUGAUUUAAUGGGCGGCGAAAUCGAUAGGAUUGAAAUGAAACUUCGGAUGGCGCCACAUAGAAAAGUCAAUAAUGUGACGUUUUUAGAAAACUCCUAGUCCUAAUCAAAACAAACAAAAAUGUCGAUUUAUUAUAGUGGAACAUUCAAAAGAUCCUCCGGCCUAAUCAGUGCAAUCUAUAAACAAUUAAAGCAAGUAAAUUUAAAGCCCGUAAAACGUAUACAAGUGCAAUUCGAUCCUUUUCACCCUAAAGCCCUCAAUGCCAGAGAGUUUUUGUACCACAUAAACACCUCCUACGUACAAGACACAAAUUUGAACUGCAUCAUCAAAGCCAAUGUGGUAUGCGAUCGAAGUGAGCCCCAAAUUAAGUUAGACUUAAUUGAUUCAGGUACCAUCAAAUUCCUUGUUGGCAAUUUGACUACAUUAGAAGUACUGCAACAAAUCAACAAGCACAUAAGCUCGAAAGUCGAAGUGGAAGAGGUGCAAGAGCCCCAAUUAAAAGUUAAAAAAGUCGGCAAAAAACGAUGAGUUCCAACGCGGGAGAAUCCAGGGCCAAAAUAGUCCAUGCAGUUUACGAGCAAAUUCCAGCCUUUACAGAUGUUUUUGAUGAAGACACUUUUUACAUUUUUGUUUGUUGUUUUGUUUGCUGUACUAUUGUUUUGGCUUUUGUAUUGAGUCGGUUUAUUACUAUUAAGGCUGUAGAUUAAAUUAAAAAAGAUGGUUGAUUUUUAUUGGUA